AGAGGAACGUUGGUGAAUUGAUUUCCUUUCCGACGUAUCAUCAGCUGUGUUUUGUUUGUCUUGCUUUUUGCAGAUAUAUUUUUGCCAUCAUGGCGGAGAGUGCUGACAUGGAGCAGCUCCUGACGUCUUUUAAGAAGUUCGCUGUCCACGGAGACACAAAGGCCACGGGGAAGGAGCUUAACGGGAAGAACUGGGCCAAACUGUGCAAAGACUGCAGGAUCAUCGACGGCAAGAACGUAACCGCCACCGACGUGGACAUCGUCUUCUCCAAAGUCAAACAGAAGACAUCUCGGGUCGUCACCUACGAGGAGUUCCAGAGGGCUCUGGAGGAGUUGGCCCCGAAGAGGUUCAAAGGUCAAAGUAAAGAGGAGGCGCUGGAGUCCAUCUAUAAACUGGUGAAAGGCCGAGAGCCCACCAACGUGGGAGUGACGAAAGUGGCGAAGGCGAAGGCGGUGGAUCGGCUGACCGAUGCGUCCCGCUACACCGGGUCUCACAAGGAGCGUUUCGACGAGAGCGGCAAGGGGAAAGGUCGCGAGGGCCGCGAGGAGAUUGUGGAGAAGACGGGCUACGUGGGAGCGUACAAGAACGCCGGGACGUACGACGACAAGAUGAAGGCCGAGAAAUAACAGGAAGUACCUGUUCCUUCAGUCUGGGACCAGACCUUGAACUUUGACCCCCCCCCCCCUCUAUGUGUGUGCAUGUGUCUGUGUGUGUGUGUGUGUGUGUUUGAACUGGACGCAGCUUCGUGUUCAGACUGAUGAACUCUAUAAACCCAUCGGACAGUCUGGUGGAUCACAUCCAGGACUGUGCUGCACCAGGUCUUCAUGAGUCCCUUUAGCUCCGUUCAGACUGGAUUCUGUCUGUUAGCGGUUUCAGCUCAUUGCUAACAUGCUAACAGCGACCUAUUUGUCAACAGUCUUUUUUUUUUUAGUUCACAUGAAGUCAGAGUGUCUCCAUCAACUAUCAGCUGAUUACUGUGAUUCUGAAUACAACUUAAAGGGCCAGCAUGCAGAAUGUGGCGCCAUCUAGUGUUGAAGUUUCAAAUUACAACCAACUAAAAAACUUCUUAUUUUUUAGGUGAUUAUAGACCAAAGAAAGUUAUUAAUAUUAUAAUUACAUAUAAAUGUUACACACUGUUCCUUUAAAGACAUGACGCUUCUUUUGUCUUUGUGAAUGUUUGUGUCCACGUCUAUUACAGACCAUAAUAUCCUGUCAUGUCACCAUGGUUACAGCCAAUGAUGAGCUAUGUGUUGUCAUAGCAACCAGACGUCCUCUCAGCUCACUGGUUGAAAAGUUUUGGGACAUUUUUGGGGAUUUCCUUUUAUUUCUUCAUCCUGCAUAUUGUUGCUUUGUUUAGUUGUUUUAACAUUCUGCAGUUUUCUUCUUGUUCUUCUUCUGCAUUAUAACGAUAUUUUAAUCUUUGAUGUCUGGAUUUGAUUCAGGAGCAGAAACUGGACUGUAGCUUCAGUGAAAGUUACUUAAAUAAUAAAAGGUUAAAGAAA